CAGUCCUCGGUUCGUUCUUCCCCCUCCAAGAUGGAGGCCUUAGGGGGCUACCCUGCCAGGUCCUCCAACCCAAAAGCGAAGAAGUUGACGGUCCUGCUGAGCAUGACAGUCGGUGUGGGCUGUUUGUUCCUGCUGCAGACGCAGCUGCUGAAGCCGAGAAAACCUGCGGACUUUUAUUCUUUCGAGGUCAAAGACGCGAAGGGGAGGAUGGUUUCUCUGGAGAGGUACCGAGGAAAAGCGUCUUUGGUUGUAAACGUGGCGAGUCACAGCGAGCAGACGGAGGCGAACUACAGGUCUCUGCAGGCUCUGCACCGGGAGCUGGGCACCUCUCACUUCAACGUCCUGGCCUUCCCCUGCGGCCAGUUCGGGGACACAGAGACCGGGGCCAGUCGGGACAUCGAGGCUUUCGCCAAGUCCACCUACGGCGUCACUUUCCCCUUCUUCAGCAGGAUCAAAAUAAUGGGCUCAGAGGCGGACCCUGCCUUCAGGUUCCUCACAGAUUCUGUUAAGAAAAUCCCGAAGUGGAACUUCUGGAAGUUCCUGGUGAACCCAGAGGGGAAGGUGGUGCGGUUCUGGCGAACGGACGAGCCCAUGGAGAGCGUCCGGGACGAGGCUACGGCGCUGGUGCGAGAAAUCAUCCUGAAGAAGCGGGUGGAGCUAUGACAGAGCGUGUCGACUGACGCUUGGGGAUGCCUGUGGGAUGUCUGAGGAAUGACUGGACUCGUCAUGGCGAGCGUGGCCGCGUGACGUCUCGAUCCAGGAACACGCAGGACGUAGAGAUCCACUAGCUUUAGCCACAAAGGCCACGGGAGUCAGACUGUGUGUGUCUGUGUGUGUGUGUGUGGGAACCAUCCUGUGGUUAAUGAUGACAAUCAUGAUGAACUGUCCUGAUAAUGACCACUGCUGCAGCUGAAGGAUUGUUUAACCAUUGAAGUGUUGGAUUUCACGAGGCUUAGUCUGUACUUUGUACCAUCUAUUGCUAAUGUUUACAUUAAAAUCUGAUCUCUAAAGGUGAAGCAUAUCAUUUUGGCCCAUUUUGACUGAUUUGAGAGCAACGAUUAUUUCAUUUAAAGGUCCAGCCUUCCAGAAAUGGAAUAUAAUAUUCAUAAGUACUGACUCUAGAGUGCAGCUUUCUGUUUUUUUGUAU